ACCAUCCACGGGUGAGUGUGGAGCACGCUCGGGUCGUUUUCUAAAACUCGCGAUAUUUAUCAGUUCAUUGUGUUUACGGAAAUCGGCAGUUUCAAAUAAAAUCUCAACAGAUAACUUUGGUAUUUAAUCUUUAAAAAAAAGUGCUUGUGACGCGAGCAAAUCGGCAGACAGCACCAAGUUGCCCAGCCUCUCUUUUCCUGUACUCAGUGGCCUACGUGACUCAAACGUGUCGUGCGAUGGUCGUCAGACAUUUGUAGCAGAAAAACACAAACAACAAACCCAUCCUCCUGCGAGUGCAGCCAGCUCGACCCACUUGAUUCGGGUCAGGUACAUCGCAAGGAUCGGAACAGAGCAAAGUACAAAUAGUGUUUAGUGCGAGAAGUGGACUUACGUUAAGUAGCGCGAACAAAAAAAUUUCUUUGUAAACGUUAGUACGUGAUAUUCAUCAUGCUGAAGGUAGAGUCGCCUAACCCCGGGGUCGUGGUGGUGCGUGCGAAGCCAAAGAAGGUGUUUAAACCCAAAGCGAAGGUAAAUCGCAUCCCGCCCGAGAUCCUGAACAACGCCGAGCUAAAUGCAGCCAUCGAGCGUCUGCCGUCGAAUUACAAUUUCGAAAUUCAUAAAACUGUGUGGCGAGCGCGCGAGCUCAAGGCUAAGCGCGUUGCAUUGCAAAUGCCUGAAGGUCUGCUGAUGUUCUCAUUAGUUAUAGCCGACAUAAUCGAAAGGUUCACGGACGCCGACACGGUCAUCAUGGGUGAUGUAACGUAUGGGGCUUGUUGUGUGGAUGACUACUCAGCGAAAGCACUGGGCGCUGACCUGCUUGUGCAUUACGGCCACAGUUGUUUGAUUCCAGUUGAUCAGACCGACUCCAUCAAGGUUCUCUACGUAUUCGUUGACAUCAAGAUUGACCCACUGCACUUCGUCGAGUCCGUUAAACUGAACUUCCCAGUCAACCAAAAUGCGGGGCAGAUCGCACUAGUGAGCACCAUUCAGUUUGUCACGACUCUUCAGGCAGCUGCUACAGAACUACGCGAGGCAGGCUAUGAUAUCUUAGUCCCGCAGUCGAAACCCCUCAGCCCCGGUGAGAUCCUGGGCUGUACCGCCCCACAGAUGCCGGGAACAGUUCAUUCCUUAAUAUAUGUCGGCGACGGACGUUUCCACCUGGAAGCAGCUAUGAUCGCCAAUCCUCGAAUCAAAGCCUACCGUUACGACCCCUACGAGAAGAAAUUCACGCUGGAGCAGUACGACCACAGAGCAAUGCAACAGAUUCGAUGGAAUCAAAUCCGACAAGCUAAGACUGCCAAGAAAGUGGGAAUCAUCUUCGGCACUUUGGGUCGCCAAGGCUCGCCGCGAGUCCUCCGCUUCCUAGAGAAACGCCUCGAACAGAAGGGCUUCAAAACGGUGACGAUUCUCCUGUCCGAAAUCUUCCCACAAAAACUCGAUCUCUUCCCGGACAUCGACGCCUAUGUCCAAAUUGCAUGCCCACGACUCUCAAUCGACUGGGGCAGUGCAUUCAAGAAGCCGCUACUUACCCCCUACGAGCUCUCGGUCGUCCUGGGCGACGUCGAGUGGACACCAAAGAAUCUGGAGCCAAACAACGCCUACCCCAUGGACUUCUAUGCAACAGGUAGCUUGGGCCCGUGGACGCCGAACUUCAAGCCGCCUGCAAUCGGCGAGUGCGAGAACAAACCGUCGGCCGGCUGCUGUGGCCGGUGUGUGCGCGGCGAGUUAGAGAAAGAUAUCGACCUGCUUGACCUGAAAGUGUGAUUAGACUCUCGGCCCGAUGGGAGUCGCUCGAAAUUGCAGCAGAUCAAAGUAGCUUAAUCGAGUGUAAGAAGAGAGGGAAUGUAUUGUAAAGACUUUACACAAAUUAGUUUUAAAUGUUUAGGCUUUAGAGAGAAUAAAUAAUCGAAAUAUUUAUUAAUGAUGUAAAUAAAUGCCGUUUUUUUGUA